AUGUCUGAGAAAGAGAGCUAUACAUAUUUGGGACUAGAUCAAGCAAGGGGUAUCAAACACAAAGAUAUGAAAGAAGCUCUAAAGCAAAGAUUAACGAGUGCACUAGUGGAACCGAAAUACCCAUUCGACAUUGAUUUUAGAAAGAAGCUUAUCAACGAAAUGGCUCUGACACCAGCGAAAAAGCAGCGUCGGUAUAGGCUGAAGUUGAAGCUGGACCCCGUAAAAAAUGAUGAAGCUAAAAGAAAACACCUUGAAAGGUACCACGCCAAAGAAAAACUAGUGAAAGAUAUGACUGAGCGAGAGCAUAGAGCUGCUAAUCGUAGAUGGAAGAUUGCAAAUAAGAAACGGCGAGAACGACAGCAACUGGUAGAAAACACGCCGCCUUCCACACCACGUUCAGGAACUCCAGAUUCUCCCAGGUGUAGAGGCCGGAAACGGGAAGAACUGGAGAGACUAGAAAAUAAGUGUAAUAAGUACAAGAAGAGGUAUCAAAGGGUUAGACAGCAUAGGAUCAAUCCUGAUAACAAUAAAUAUUCUACAUUAUCAAAUGAUAUUAGGGUUCAUUACAAAGGACUGACAACAGUAAAAGAAAAGAGAGCUCUAAGACAAGUUUUCCACGGAGAAGCCAUAUCAAAGUCAAAAAUGAAGACUGCUAUUGUGCGUGGGACUUUCAGCAUUGACCAGCUAAAACGCAAGCUGACUCUCUCUAACAAAUCGGGCCUUGUUGGAAAAAUCAUGGAGUUCUUUAAUCGCGACGAUGUUUCUAGAGCUAUAGCGGGAAAGCGAGAAACUGUAACCUACAAAAAAUGUGUAAGAAAGUGUGAAGUGAUAGAGAGGUCAAGUAACAAAGUGAAGAUUACAAAAAACGUAAAAGAAAUUGUUGAAGGGACUGUUCCAGAAUUAACAGGAAGGUUUAAUAAAACCCUGAGAGAAUUGAAAAAACAUAUCUUUAACAUAACAACACAGUAUGGGAGUUAUAGAGAUGCUAUGGAUAAUUUGAAGACUGAUGAAAUCGUUCUACACAUCGAUUUCAGCGAGAACUAUAGCUGCAAAUGUUUUGAAGAAGUGCAGUGCCACCAUUUUGGCGGCUCGAGAAAGCGGGUUACAUUACAUACUGGAGUUAUGUACACCAAAACAGAAGGAGAGGUACAUACCGUCGAUAAUGUCAUUUUGUACCAUCUCUGGAAAUAA